CGUCAACAUGUGCGCACACCAAGUGGUGUGCAACCGGAACUGGGUUGUCGCGCUCUUUGGGCUUGUUGCGCUUCCAUGACAUUGAGUGCAAUUACUCCAAUCGAGUCCAAAGUAAUCAAUAUACACAUCGUCUUCUCCACGCGCAAUCUUCUUCCACACCAUCCCUGCUCUCCUUGAUUCCACAAUGUCUACCAUCAUCCAUACCGCUUCAGGGGUGGUGGGCAACGUAGGCAAUCAGCUUCAAAUCACCACGAACCGCGUAGGCAACCAGCUCCAAAUCACCACGAACAGGAUCCUCCCACCGCAACAGCGCGAAGAGCUGCUCAAGAAGAUGCGAGACUUUGCCAACCAGAACCCCAAACUAGCCGCCUUUCUUGCAGCCCAAAUUGCACUCACAGGCCUUCCCCUCGUGCUCUUCCUCGCCUUCGCAACCACCACCCUCAUUGUCUCUGUUACGACAUGCAUCCUACUUGGCCUCCUCGCCGCCCUCGCCUUCACAUUCCUCCUCGUCGGCUUUGCCCUGCUCUUCGUUGUCCCGACAGUCUUCCUCGCCAGCUGCUCGGCAACCUUCGUCUUCAUUUGGGGCUUCGUGGGAUACAUCAUUCUGCGCAGACUCAAUGAGGGCGAGGCGCCCGGGAAACGUGGAACACGAGUUGGGGACAAGUUGCAGGGGCUGACUGGCGGUAGAUUGGCCCUAUGGAUUGGUGAUGGAGAGGCUGAGGGCGGAGACGACAAGGCAGUGGAAGUUGGUCAGAUUCCAAUAGCGAAGAGCCAGGUAAGGAUUGAUGGGGGACAGGGUCGUGAUAGUGCAUCACUUCAAGGGAAUGGUGGCCAUGCGAAUGGUGUCAAUGACACACAUGAGUGGGAGGACAAGUGGACGAACGGUGCGAGGAAGGAUUCUGAGAUUGGUAACCCCUACGAAGUCUUGAAAGAAGAGGAACUUAUCCACGAUACUGGAACCGCUGUGUGAUUCCUUAUUCCAUUACGCUUUAUCACUUCUACACGAUAUCCCUACUUUUCCAUAAUGAAACUAAACUGUCAUAUGCAAAACACCGACUUAUACUAUUUACAUUUCGUUGAGCUUCUCCAACUCAUUUUCGUUACACCUAUAUGCACUCCUUGUCCUGGAGCCUCUGAGAUAUGAUUGAACCCUUACUAGUCGCAUCUACUUCUAAUCGAAACUACGUCUGUGUCCAAGUCCGU